CAGCCAACGAGUUAUUGGUUUCUCAGCUAUCCAUUGAGUAAGUUGUAUAUCGUUCAUUUUAAGAAUGGCUCGUACUAAGCAAACUGCACGAAAGUCAACUGGAGGAAAGGCUCCUCGGAAGCAAUUGGCUACCAAGGCAGCUCGAAAAAGUGCGCCUGCAACUGGUGGAGUAAAGAAACCACAUCGUUAUAGGCCAGGCACUGUGGCUCUUCGAGAAAUUCGUCGUUAUCAAAAGAGCACUGAAUUACUUAUCCGAAAGUUACCAUUCCAACGUCUCGUACGUGAAAUUGCUCAAGAUUUCAAAACCGAUUUACGUUUCCAAAGUUCAGCUGUAAUGGCUCUUCAAGAAGCUAGUGAAGCAUACUUAGUUGGGUUAUUCGAAGAUACUAAUCUUUGUGCCAUUCACGCAAAACGUGUUACCAUCAUGCCUAAAGAUAUUCAAUUGGCACGACGAAUUAGAGGAGAAAGAGCUUAAUUUGAUCAGAUUUCAAAUAACAAAAAACGGCCCUUAUCAGGGCCAACAAUUUAUUUACGAUGGGCUUAUUCCGAUUCAUAAAUAAGAAUUGUAA